AUGUAGCUUUAAGUUAAAUGUAACGAGUAAUCAUGGACAUUCAGAAGACCUUUGGCUGAACUCUCCAUUUAGAAAAUAGUGAGAAGACUUCCAAUCAGACUUACUAACCUCCCUAAUUAGUUCACACUUCAAUAUGAGGAUUUUGAUGGAGAUAUGAUUGAUGUCACAUGCGAUGCUGAUUUACAAACCAUUAGGGAAUGUUAAUUUGAUACAAAAUUAGUCACAUUGUAUGUACAACAAGUUCAAGAGGGAGGAUUUAAGAAAGAAAUAACAUGUAAUAGAAGAGAAUACAGAAAAGAACAUAUUAAAUAAUUAGUCAGCUAACAGGUCAUGGAACUAAUCCCUGAAAUUACUAAGUAGGUUAAACAAUCAAUUGCUGUUAAUGAUGUUUAAAAUAAAAUUGAAACAUAAUCAAUUAACAGCACAGCCUUGGUGGAUGUCAAAGAAUCUAAAAAAGUAGUCCACUAGGGUGUGAUGUGUGAUGGAUGUAAAAUAUUCCCCAUUGAAGGUAUCAGAUACAAAUGUGCCGUUUGCAUUGACUUCGACUUGUGUGAAAAAUGUGAAGAUCUUGGAAACCAUCAACAUGCUAUGUUGAAAAUUAGAAAACCAGAAUAGACUCCUUCAAUUAUAGUGACCGCUAUUGGUGACAAACCAGAUUUACCAUAAGGAAAUACCUUAAGAGCAUAAAUAGCUGAGAUGGUCUAGAAGGAACUUGACACUUCUUUCCCAUAAUCCUUAGAAAUUUCAUCAAUUUAAUAAGAAUAAUAACACUUAAACACAUCCACCAAUCCAGUAGUUGUAGAAUUAUGUGAAUUGUUGAGAAUUAGACCAGAAGUAGCAUAGACUUUGAUAGAAUUGUUCCCCUCUCAAAGUGCAUAAGAAAUCAUGGAAAUUGUAGGAGAUGACUUAGAAUACUUGAAUUCCCUUCAAAGAUCAACCGCCUGAUAUAUUAAUAAUAAUCAUCCAUUAUAAGACUAUUUAAGACCUCUUUA